CAGUCGGUUGCUGGGCGGUUGGUGUGUGGGGUCGGGUCGCGUCGCGUCGCGUCGGGCUGGGCCGGGCCGGGCCGGCUCGGGAGCCCCAUGCGGCGGCAUGUCCAAGACGCUGCGCCGGCGGCGGCACUGGCUGAGCAAGGUGCAGGAGUGCGUGGUGUCCUGGGCGCCGCCGCCCGACCCCGGCUCCGGCUCCGGCCCCGGCCCCGAGCUGCUGCGCGGCGGCGCCGAGCGCGGAGAGUUCCCCUACCUGGGCGCCCGCCUGGCCGAGCCCGGCCCCGGCCCCGGCCCCGGCCCCGCGCUGCUCUCCGGCAAGCCGCCCAGCCCCGGGGACGUGCUGCUGGAGGUGAACGGCACCCCGGUGAGCGGCCUCACGCACCGCGACACGCUGGCCGUCAUCCGCCACUUCAGGGAGCCCGUGCGCCUCAAGACCGUGCGCCCAGGAAAAGUCAUCAACAAAGAUUUGCGUCACUAUCUGAGCCUGCAGUUCCAGAAGGGCUCCAUCGACCAUAAACUCCAGCAGGUGAUCAGAGACAAUCUCUAUCUGAGAACCAUCCCAUGCACUACAAGGGCUCCCCGGGAUGGGGAAGUCCCAGGGGUGGAUUAUAAUUUCAUUCCUGUUGAACAGUUCAAAGCACUGGAAGAAAGUGGAGCCCUGCUGGAAAGUGGAACAUAUGAUGGCAAUUUCUAUGGCACUCCAAAGCCUCCAGCAGAACCCAGUCCCUUUCAGCCAGACCCAGUGGAUCAAGUUCUUUUUGACAAUGAGUUUGACACAGAGUCCCAGAGAAAGAGAACCACCUCAGUCAGCAAGAUGCAAAGAAUGGACAGUUCUCUCCCUGAGGAAGAGGAGGAGGAGGAGAAGGAAACAGUUAAUGGCAGCGGAGGCAUAGAAAACAAAGAGAAACAUUCGGAUUCUUCCGACUGGAUGAAGCCUGUUCCUAGUUACAACCAGACAAGCAGCUCCAUGGAUUUCAGGAAUUACUUGGCACGGGAUGAGACUCUGGAGCCUCUCCCGAAGAACUGGGAGAUGGCCUACACGGACACUGGCAUGAUCUACUUCAUUGACCAUAACACCAAGACAACCACCUGGCUUGAUCCACGGCUCUGCAAGAAAGCCAAAGCUCCAGAAGACUGUGAGGAUGGAGAACUGCCUUAUGGUUGGGAGAAAAUAGAAGACCCUCAGUAUGGAACGUACUAUGUUGAUCACAUCAACCAGAAAACCCAGUUUGAAAAUCCCGUGUUGGAAGCCAAAAGGAAAAAACAGCUAGGACAGACUGAUGUUGGCCCUUCUAAACCAGAACCAGACAAGUCUGCCUUCACUAGAGACCCAGCCCAGCUCACAGGAGCUCUCAUACGGACAUCGUUGAAGAAAAGCGCUAUGGGAUUUGGCUUUACGAUCAUUGGUGGGGACAGACCUGAUGAGUUCUUGCAAGUGAAGAAUGUGCUGAAAGAUGGACCUGCUGCACAGGAUGGGAAGAUGGCACCAGGUGACGUCAUCGUAGACAUAAAUGGCAGCUGCGUCCUUGGCCAUACCCAUGCAGAUGUUGUCCAAAUGUUUCAGCUAGUUCCUGUCAACCAGUAUGUCAACAUGACUUUGUGUCGAGGUUACCCUCUUCCCGAUGACAACGAAGACCCUGUUGUGGACAUUGUUACGGCUACACCUGUCAUCAACGGCCAGCCAGUGACCAAAGGAGAAGUUUGUGUCACCAGCCAAGAUCUGAUACCAGGAACAGUUGUUUUGGACCAGAACGGGAAACCAGGUCAUACUUUGGCCAAUGGUCGUGUGAACGGCCCUUCCAUGGACCCAAAUGAGCAGAGGGUCUCUGUAGCUUCGUCAGGGGGUUCUCAGCCGGAGCUCGUCACCAUUCCUCUGGUCAAGGGCCCUAAAGGAUUUGGGUUUGCGAUUGCAGACAGUCCCACGGGGCAAAAGGUGAAGAUGAUUUUAGAUAGCCAGUGGUGCCAGGGCCUCCAGAAGGGAGAUGUGAUCAAAGAGAUUUGCCAUCAGAACGUGCAGAGUUUGACACACCUGCAGGUUGUGGAGGUCCUGAAGCAGUUCCCGGUGGGAGCAGAGGUGCCACUGCUUAUCGUAAGAGGAGGUCCCCCGUCACCUACUAAAGCUGCCAAAGUGAAGACAGAUAAGCAGGAGAACUUGGGAAGCUUGGAAGUCAUCAGUGAUGCCGUUCCGCAGCCAAUGCCUUUCCCACCCGCUGCUGUACGGUCAGGCUCUCCAAAACUAGACCCUUCUGAAGUCUACCUAAAGUCUAAGACCAUAUUUGAAGACAAGCCUCCAAACACAAAGGAUUUGGAUGUUUUCCUUCGGAAACAGGAAUCUGGUUUUGGCUUCCGGGUGCUUGGAGGGGACGGACCUGACCAGCCAAUAUAUAUUGGAGCCAUCAUCCCGCUGGGGGCAGCAGAGAAAGACGGGAGACUCCGAGCUGCAGAUGAGCUCAUGUGCAUCGAUGGCAUCCCCAUCAAAGGGAAGUCGCACAAGCAGGUCUUGGACUUGAUGACCAGCGCUGCACGGAACGGCCAAGUGCUACUUACCGUCCGGAGGAAGAUCUUUUUUGGCGGAGAAAAGCAGCUGGAAGAGGAGGAGUCGCAGGCACCCAGCGCCACGCAGAACGGGUCCCCCCGAUUGAAUCGGACAGAGAUCACAAGCCGGCCGUCCCCAGAGGUCUAUGACGUCCGGCUACAGCGGAAGGAGAAUGAAGGCUUUGGCUUUGUCAUCCUUACCUCGAAAAACAAACCACCUCCUGGCGUGAUUCCUCACAAGAUCGGGCGCGUCAUUGAAGGGAGCCCGGCUGAUCAGUGUGGGAAGCUGAAAGUAGGAGACCGCAUCUCCGCAGUGAACGGCCAGUCAAUUGUAGAGCUCUCCCAUGACAGCAUUGUGCAGCUCAUCAAGGACGCAGGCAACGUGGUCACGCUGACGGUGGUGGCUGAGGAAGAAAAAACCUCUUGGAGGCAUGUCAUGGCAAUAAGGCCAGGCAGUCCUGUGAUGAGCUCUGCAGGGCCUGGCACAGCCGCGAGAGACAGUCUAAUUGCCCCGUCUGCAGUGGGGAAGCCAGGGGAUGCAUCUCUUCCCUCAAAUGCGCAUGCUCGCUCCUGUCUUGUAAUGAGUGAUUACCCAGAAUGGCGAAAGCCCCGCACCUCUGGGCAAAUGGGGCUGGAACAGCUGAAUGACUCCCCACUGGAGACCUUGUUUUCGGACUUUGGAACUGCUGGAGAAGUCCAUUCCAGAUUUCUAGCUAAGGGGGUUGCAGAGCAUCGUGGUCCCCCUUCAGGAACCAACUCGGCCAGGCAGAGCCCUGCGCUGCAGCACCGAGCCCUGGGACCAGCACAGCCCAACCCUGCGACCACAGACAGGGGAGCCACAGAGGGCGAUACCGGAAAGGAAGCAUCUAGCACCUACAAGGUCUCCUGGCCAGAGCACAAGCACUUGGCCCAGCCUGACGCAGGGAUUCCCUCGGUGGUGGGCAGCCGGCAUUCCCAGCAGAGCCUUGGCUGUUAUCCAGUAGAGCUGGAGAGAGGCCCUCGGGGCUUUGGAUUCAGUCUUCGUGGCGGAAAGGAGUACAACAUGGGUUUAUUCAUCCUGCGGCUUGCUGAGGACGGGCCUGCCAUCAAGGAUGGGAGAAUCCACGUUGGGGACCAGAUUGUGGAGAUCAAUGGGGAGCCCACCCAAGGAAUCACUCACACACGAGCCAUCGAGCUGAUCCAGGCUGGUGGGAACAAAGUUCUUCUUCUCCUCAGACCCGGGACAGGCUUGAUACCAGAUCACAGUGAUUGGGAUCGUUUCAGUCCAUCAUCUUCAAACAUAAUAUAUGAUGAGCAGUCACCAUUGCCCUCCUCAUCACAUUCUGCUUUCACACCUGACGUGGCUCGUACACCAGUAUCAGAAGACACUUUAAAAAAAGUUCAGAUGUCUGAAAAACUGGAAGAAGUGCAGAACACUGUGCCUGACAAGAAAAGCACUUUAACUGAAAACCAGUCAGAGAGGAUGCACCUGACUUCUACCCAGAAGAAUAUGAACAGAUGGGACCAGGCCACCGGCCCGGGGUAUCGGGAGACGAAAACUAACCCAGGCUUAGUGAGUGGCGACAUCAGUGGCAGAGGCAGAUCUACAAGUCCACAAAAGCCGGGUGUUCCUAAGGAGCAGAGGACUCGCAGCCCCAGAAAAGUGGAGCCUAAAAAACCACACAGCAGCCUCCCAGACCUUUCUGGGAGUCCAAGAAGGGGUGAGAAGAAACACGCAGAAAUCAACACAAACACGGCGUGUGAAAAAGGCCCUCUCAGGGGAGCCCACGGCAGAUCUGCCAGUCCCCAGAAGCAUCCUAGUAAAGGAGGAAACGGAGAGAAAUUACCCAGGCUACCAGACUAUCAAGGUCGAACAGCUGCUAAUGAUGCUACUGAGACUGCUGAGCAGGUCAAAGAUGGCAAAGACAAAUCAGAAGUCGCAAGGAAAGACAUGAAGCAAACCGUUUCUGCGAAGGAUGAGAAGUGGUCUCGAGAGAGAAAGCACCCAAGACCAAAUGAAAAGACUGUUCUGUUUAAUAAGGCCAGUGAACCCAGGAGAAACGCAUCUGAAUAUGAACGUGGAGAGGAAGCAAACUCUGGAGAGGCAGCUUCUGGCAAAAUCAAACCUGCAAGUCUUUCCGAUACCGCACUGCUUUCCAUGGAGGCACAGGGCAGGCCGGAUCCUCGAGAGGCAGCUCUUCUGCACCGAAUCCAGAGAGACAGAGACUGGGAGUCAACUGAUGAAACCAAAGAUGACGGCAUUUCAAAACCUGACAGCAGUUCUCCAGUCAGGAAAGCACCAAUAACUCCUGGACCUUGGAAGGUACCAAGUGCACGUAAAGUCACAAAAGCAACAGGUGUGACUGAAAAACGGGUCUGACUGAACUUUUUUUAGGACAUGUUUUAAUCAAGUUUCUAAUAUGGUCAAUUAAAAGAAUCAUUUCUUUUCACAAAGCUGUCAUUUUUCAGGAACUGUGAUUAAGGGGGUGGGAGGGAGCAUUCGAUUUGUUCUUAACCUAUCUAACUGCAUGAAGGACCUUUGGGAUCGCUUAUAAGAAACUCUUCCACAAGCUGCUGCCCCUCGUCAUUUUGAAGGCGGUGCCCUGCUGCUCAACAUUGCACUGCUACAGCUCUCAGAUAGUAUUGUGAGUUUCUGAACAACAUUAUUUAAUGCCUAUAUUGCCAAUGUGAUCAUGAUUCACUGCUUGUUCUUGUGCCAAGUUAUCUACUGUAUCCCAUCCAGUUAAACUUUUUCAUCUCUGUUUUCCAGCCACAGAAAAGGCAAGGUUUUGAUGAAAAUGAGUAUUUUUUCUCAAAAAGCAUGUUGCAUGUUUCCAUGGGGAGGUACCCACACCCUCACUGCUUCAGUAAGAAGUUGGGUGGCUGGUUCUAGCAGCAGCAGCCCUGCCCCGCUCACGCUGCCCCAAGCAACACUUUUCCCUGAAGGUCCCUUAAGCUGCUUUGAAAUAGUUUUGAGAGUCUCUGCAUUUCUGGGGAGGGGAGAGGAGAGGAGAGGAGAGGAGGGGCCUUGCUUCCAGGUAGCACAGUGGAUAUUCCAGGGUCCUGACUCAGUGGCGAUGCUUGCUAGGAGAGUGAGGGAUGGCAUGCCGCACCCUGGUGCAGCCCAGAGCCCCCGCUGGCUGGCGGGGCAGGAUCUCGCCUGGCGCUUUUUGGACACUGAGGAGGCACUCGCCACACGCGCCUCCGCCUCCCGUGGGCGCCGUGCGUUGGAAUCCUCCGUGAUAUCUCUAAUGCCAGUUCAUUUCUUGUCUUGCCUGUAGGCUGAGUGUUGAUCUUUGAGGCAGAACCACCACGGUCAGCUUCCGAAGCAAGGAGUCCUCCCCUUGCCUGUGCCUCCUAUUAGAAGUCUCCUGUAUUUUAUGUUUAAUACGUGAUUUGUUUUAAAUGUGAUGGUUUAAGAGUGGGGAAUCGACGAUGUACAGGGUACAUGAGACUUAAUAUCUAUUCUUUGGGCUCUAAUAUGUAUUUAAAGAUAAUGCUGAGGAAUGAGCAACAACGUAUUUGCGUAUCAGUCACAUAAUGAACUGGAAGCAUAGCAGUCUUCAGAAAGUGCAAGGUUUGGAUUUCUAAAUAGUAUCAGCAAUGGAUCUGCUUCUGCAAACAGACUAGCAGCAGCUCAUUGGUCCAGUUUGCAGAGGCCGGUAGGGAAAAAAGGGUCAAAAAGCCUAGCUCGCUUGCUGAGCCCUCAUGUUAAAUCUGAAGCGACUGUGACUGGCUCAUUAAAGACCCAGCUGACAGCAGCCUGCUUGGGUCUAGAGGUGUUGUGAAGCUUCGUGAGGCAAAGCAGAUGAGUUCCAAGCUUGCACUAGAAACUUUUUGGAAAUACAGACGACUCUACUUGGCAGCAGGUCUAAAUUAAGAACAAUCCUAAAAUAGGCUUCAGACAGUCCUCUGCUGCUUCCUAUUUUAUGAAUCCAUUAAUUUGCUGUAGCACAAUAUGUACAAAUACUCGAUAUUGUAGAGUAUGACUGUGAAAAUAUUUAAUAUUUGAACUAGCCUAUGUAGAUAUUAACCAUGUAUUCUUGAUUGGUAAACCUCUCGGAGUCUCUUCAUUAAGAGUUGUAUGCACCUGUGCUAGCCAUUGAGUACAGUACCAAAUUCAGAAACUUAGCACCAUUGAAAUCCCUUUCCCUUCCUGUCGGCAAGUACCCAUCCAAAUGCUAUUUUUUCUGAUCGUUUGCAUUGUGACCUGAUUUGGUGUCCUAUCUGUUUGUGAUUCCUCCUUUCCAGAGAACCUGUAUCUGUACUUACUGUAUAAGAUGACUUAGCAAUGUGGCCUUGGAAUGCUAAGCAACAUAUGGAUGUACUGGAUGUAAAUGUUUAUAUAUUGUACAGCACCUUUAUAUAUACUUCUGAGGUUCGGACUAGAGAGAGACCUGUAAAUCGCUCAUUAUUUUUUAUAUAGAUAUUAAAAAGAAACUCCAGCUCGUGGCCUGCUGGUUCUUGCCCUGUA